CGCCUGUAUAAAAUGAGAAGUUCGCGUAAAACAAAAUACAGAUGGAGAAGGCUAGCUGGCUCGCUGUGUCACAGAAAGUCCCCUUAAGCCGACGCGACAACUCACAUACUGUCCCUUUGUGACCAGCUUAAUCCGCAGAAUGCCCGGUCUCUGCGUGCUCUGUCUCGCCGCCGCACUGGCUGCGUUCAGCGGGCUCGCCGGCACCGUGGGGCCGGUGGUCCGAUGCGAGCCUUGCGACGCCGGGGCGCUCCUGCAGUGCAAGCCGCUGCCGAAGGACUGCGCCGAGCGCGUGAGGGAGCCCGGCUGUGGCUGCUGCAUGACGUGCGCUCUCGGCGAGGGACUGGCGUGUGGAGUGUACACGGCGCGCUGUGGCUCCAGCUUGACCUGCCAGCACCAGCCGGGGGAGAGCCGACCCCUGCAAGCUCUGUUGGAGGGACGGGGAGUGUGCUCCGGCACCGCGUCCAAAAAACUCAACGGCAUUCUCAUACCGGUGCCAAAACAAGAGAACACUGGACAUCAGGUAGAAGGCUGUGCCAACGUGACCGCGACGGUGCCAGUGUUGUCCGGUGUGACGACCGUGAAGAGCGGGCUCAAUCGGGGGUCGAUGGACACCAGGCCUCCUCUGCACAACAAGCUGAUCCAGAAAGAUCAGAACAGGAAGACCCAGAGCUACAAGGUGGAAUCGGUGUCAGGAGGAGCCAAUAUGGACAUGCACAACUUCUCCCUGGAGAACAAGAGGGAGAUUGAGUAUGGCCCGUGUCGGCGGGAGAUGGAGAGCAUCCUGAGCGGACUUAAAAUCAGCAAUGUGCUCAAUCCGAGGGGCUUCCGCAUACCCAACUGUGACAGAAAGGGCUUCUACAAGAAAAAACAGUGCCGUCCAUCCAAAGGCAGGAGGCGGGGCUACUGCUGGUGCGUGGACAAAUACGGGCAGCCUCUGCCCGGCUACGACGGCAAGGAGCGGGGCGAGACGCAGUGCUACAACCUGGAGAGCAAAUGAGGGGACGAAGGGAUGACGAGUGGAUGGAGAGAGGAAGACAGAGGAUGGGGCGGGGGAAGAAGGUAGAAAGACAGAGAGAGAGACUACUUUGCCCUUGCAUGUAGUUUUAUGUAAACAUUUGAAGGGGCUCUGGGCCUUUUAUUUCAGGUCUGAUUUCUGUGGGAGAGUUCGGUAGAGAGCAAUGGGGAGGGGAGGGAAAAGGGGUGGAGCACAGCCUCGGCGGCCGGCCGAGUCUCCUGUCCAUCACAGCUAUCUGUCCUGUGCUUAGGGAACCUUUAUCCUUUCUUUGAAACAAAACAAAAAAAAAACAAUUAAGCUGAAAGCUGAGAGAGAAGGGGAAGAAAGAGAGAAUCCUACCAUCUGCACUAUUCUUUCAGAGAGAGAGGAAGGAGGGACUUUUCCACUCACUUUAAAGAGGACUUGUUUGUGACUGUGACCCGAAAAAAACAAAACGUACCACCGCCGUUUCUAUUGUGUGUGUCUGUCUGUGAGUGAGUAACCGAGAGUCUGUGUGUGUCUUAAUGUGUGAGCACUUGCAUAACAUACUUGUGCACAGCUGCAUGUCUGUGCAAGAUGGUGCGCUUUCCCAAAAAGUGUUUAUUUGUGUAAAUACUGUAAGUCACUAAGCUCAGUUUAGAGUUAUCAGACUGCCCAUCCCCGGCCCCUGCUCCAUUAAAAACAAUGCAGAAAAAGUAACCGCUCUCUGGCUCAGGGUCCAUUUUGAAUUGAAGGAUUGUGGGAUGGCAGGACUUUGGCUUCUUAUUCAGCUCCAAAGGCCCUCCCUGCUGCCUCUGGCUUGUCCCUCGCCCUGCUAUAGGGCAGGGGAUGGAGGCGAACCAUGCAGUUACAGUGCCUUAAAAACCGACCUUUUCAUGCCUCCCCUCCCCUUCACCCCCUGUAGUCUUCCAAUAAAGGAAUACUUCACUGAAAAUCUACCUUUUGAGUAUCAAAUACUUGGAUGAUCCGGCAAAAACAGCAUAAAAACAUCCAUGGAAACUUAUGAAACCACUCCUCCAGCAAGGUACACUACACGCUGCAGACAUAUGAGGUGGCGUUUACUGAAGGAAUGGAUCGACUGCCGAUUUAGAUGGAAAAUGUGUCAACAUAUGAGCCUUGUUGCAGACUUCUAAUGAGGCGCUGAUGGAAAAGUCUUUCUUCUUUAUUGGUCAGUGCAAAACGACCCCAAAUAACAGCUAAACACAUCAGAUUGGAUAAUGAAGCAAACAUGAAAUGGCAAUUCAGUCAGACUAUCAGGCCUCCGAAAUAUGGCUGAAGGCACAGCUUUCAUUGUCGCUAGAACAGAUAGCUGUUGAUGUCUGCAGUGUAGUUGCGAUUGACAGACAGCUGAAGAGCUAACUGUGCUAGCAACGAAGAGAAGUUAUGUAUUUAGCCAUAAUUUGGUGACGAUACGAAUGUACGGAAAGUGGAGAGGUGGCUAAUGCUGCUGCAGUGGUUUGAGGAGUUACCAUGGACAUUUCUACACUUUUCUAUUACUCUGGGUUUCCAAUAGAGUCCACUGUAACUGCUGUGAAUCUCCAGUAUUGAAAACUCAAAGGAUAGAUUGUUGGUGGAGUGUUAUUAUAAGGCGAUCACAUGCCGCCCUGCAAUCCAGGUUAGUUUAGAUUCGUCUGUCUUCUGUCUCUUUCCCACAACUGUUCCUGUCCACAUCCAUGUCCCUGUUCCACUUGAAUCCUGCUCUCCUGCGUCCUCAUCCCCAUCCUUGUCUGCUCUGGUGCUUGGGUCCUCCAAUCCUACAUGUCUUUACCCCCUGUCUAAAACUUUGUCCUCGUCUGUGUGCCUGAUCCCGUCCCCGUCUCCAACCCACUAAACCGCGCUGUUAGUCCCCACUCCAGCACCCUUCCCAGCCUCUGGUCCUUUUUCCUGUCAGUGGUGCAACCUGGUGUAGCCUUGUUUGAACGGGACAAGCCCGUUGUGACCGGCCUGCCCUGCAGCAGGUGCCAGCUGACCCUAUGCUUCAAGCGCCCAAGCACAAGCACUUAAAGCACUUUAGCUGCGCCGCUACUCAUCAAUGCAUGCAGUUAAAGACAAUUGGACCUAUCUGCAUCUGCAUACCUUUCCUCAGAGAUAAUGUCAGAUGAAACAUUGUGAUACUGUAAGAAAACAAUAAUAACCCAGGGAGGAGGGGGAAAUAAAGAUCGGGGAAAAAACAACGAAGCUACACCAGGACUUCUGACACCAACCUUAGCGAACAGCCCCUCAGAAAUUUUCCAUUCAAUGCAACUGUUUUCUUUUUUGUUGUUGUUUUUCUUUGAAAAAAAUGCUUGUAUGAUCAUAUGCCAACAAAUCUCCACAAGGUGGACACAGCACCAAAUAUGCAUUCACACUAGUGGUAGGGGGUCUGAGGGAGGAGGCGGGGUUCUCCCCGAGGAGCUUCCUGCCCGAUGCUCUCCCACAUCCUGUGUAAAGACUUGAAAAGUGGAGAGAGUGCCGACAAAGAAUGCUUGCCCAGUAGCUUGGUAGCAUGAAAUCGGCUGUACACGUCCUUUAAUAUUGAGCAGCAACUUAUAACCAACCUGUUGGUGCUUUAUCCCAUCUAUUCAAAGACUUGAUGUACGGGGAGGAACAUACAUACAAAUAUGUUUAAGCUAUUCCCUCCCUCAUAUUUGUAAGUGUGUCUUUUUAUAUAUUAUUAUUUCCUGGCCAGCUAUGUGUCUGACUAGACAUCAUGUACAGUACUUAAAAAAUACAAUUAUUUAUCUAAGAAAGAAUUAUAAGCUGAUCCAAACUAGGUUUUCUUAUGAACAAUUCAGUGACUCACCGAUUGCACAGCAAAGUGUAUUUAAUUCAGUGUAUUUUGGGGAAUAUAAUCACUAAUGAAUGUUUUUUUUUUUUUUUUUUUUUAAUGAACCGUUUCCUUCUGUUGCUCAGCUGGGUCAUUUGUAAGCUCCGUGGCCAACAGGCGAGUUUCAGCCUCGGGCAAAAUCUGUGUCAGUCAGGCACUCAGGUCUCUGGUCAUCUUAGUUCACUGCUUCUUAAGGCCGGUGAACCUCUCACCUCUCAAUAAGUCACUUCUCUCCAUGCACACCCAGCCAUCCCGCCUCCGUCUGCAGAGCCAAGGUCACACUUCUGUAAUGUCACUUUUUAUUUUCUAUCAUUCUUUUUUCCCUGCUGGUCAUGCUAAGAAUCUCUCUGUUCACGGGUCAAUGUAUUUUGUUUUUUGUUUCAAGUUUAUCCUUCAAAGAGGAUUUUAUUUUUUUUUAUUAUUCAAACUUUUCAUGAUACUUAUCUAGAAAUCACACCGCUAUUAUUUUCUCUGAGAAAUGAAAUGAUUUUGAUUCAAAAUAUAAUUUGUAUUUAAUG